AAAUCAUGUUGUUUAUCCCCUUAGAGAGAAAGAAAGAAUCAUUUCCAUUUGUCCAAUUCACAAGGUGGUGGGUGAGUCUCAGCCAUAACACCGGCUGCUCCCCCUCCAUCAAUCACCCCAUAGCAUUAUCAUUUCAAUUUUCACAACAAAAUCAACCUCAUCACAACAAUGUCGAUGCUAGCACCUCCCUUCCAACUCCUAGAAAUCAACGUCAUAUCAGCACAAGACCUCGCACCCGUUUCUAAAUCAAUCAAAGCCUAUGCAGUUGCAUGGCUCAAUCCAGAACGUAAACUUACCACCCAAGCAGACCCUCAUGGUCAUAACAACCCUACCUGGAAUGAAAAAUUUGUUUUCCGCGUCGACGAUGAUUUCCUCCUAUCAGAAGAGUCUGUCAUUAUGAUUGAAAUCUAUGCCUCUGCUUGGCUCCGUGAUGUUCUCAUUGGAACUGUCGCUGUUCAUCUCAACAAUCUUUUACCUCGUAACAGAAAAUCCAAGAUUCGUUUCGUUGCCUUGCAGGUUCGUCGACCUUCUGGUCGUCCACAAGGGAUUCUUAACAUUGGUGUUAAUGUUGUUGAUGCUACGAUGAGAAGCAUGCCGAUGUAUUCGGAGCUUAGUUCUUCGGCUGUUGAAUAUUAUGAUAUAACGAAGCCUAACAAACAGAAUCAAAACUAUGACAAUAACAGUAAUUGUGAUGCCAAGCAUAUGAUGACGCUUCAACGAUCACAAAGCGAAAAAAAUGAUUCGACGAUUAAUGAUUAUGUUUAUAAUCCUAAUGGAAAAAACGGUUACGGUGGUGAAUGUGAGUCUGAAAUUAGUGUUCCUACUGGGAAGAAAGGUGUGAUCGUGAACGCGAAUGGAUCGUUGUGUUCGGAUGUUGGACCUUCACCGUCUGUGGUGGCUGCCGCGAUAGCGAAAGGAUUGUAUCCGUUGCCAUUGCACGUGCCAAGAAAGACGGUGAAUAAUUCAAUGUUUGAGAAAUGGCCGCCGGAGAAGGACAAUGGCGGGGAGAUGUUGAACACGAAGAUGGACCGGUGGAGACAGAUAGAUAUACCGCAGGUUUAUGAUCAUUUGGGGAAUAAUAAUAAUGGUAGUGUGAAGAAAACUGGGAAACAAACGAAAGGGAAAGGUAAAGGUAAGAAUCGAAGGCAAGGUAGCGGUUUGUUUUCGUGCUUUGGAACAGCAUUAGGGUGUGAGAUUUCGAUAACUUGCGGAGGGGGUAACCAUAAGAAGAGUGGUAGCACUAAUAAACCUCGUGUUGCUGACUCUGAACUAACUUAUGAAUCGUCUUAUAUUUGAUGAGGUGCUUGUUGUAAAAUUAAUUGGUAAUUUUUAUGGUUGUGAUUCAUAUAUAGUUUGGAUUAGAAAUAGAAAUUUGAUUCAU